AUGUCACCUUCAGCGAUUUAUUCCCUGAUCCUGCCAUUCUGUCCUACGGAGUCUGCAAUUCACAAGACUGCAAACCAUGGGCGGAAGCUCUCUGUGGUAGGUCUGUCAAAUGCUCAGUGGGAUGACCGGUUGUCUUGCAUCGACUUUCAUGAAGGCCAGACCAGCGCCAUUUGUCACGGAGAUGAUUUCUUUGCAGUCGGCUUGACUACUGGAAUGGUCGCCUUGUACCAUGCGACGUCGUUUCAGGAACACAAGAUGAUAAAUCACGGUGAGUCUGUGAGAAUUCUGCGAUUCAAGAGCAAGACGGGAUUGAUGGCAUCUUGCGGAAUAAAGGCGAUCCGGAUCUGGGACACCUACACGGGCGAAACUAUCCACAAGUUCCAUGCCCCUCAACGCUUUAUGGAUCUCGCCUUUGACCAGAACUUUCUAAUAGCUGCGUCAUCGAAAAACUACAUUGCGUCAUGGGAUCUCGAUAAUGCCGGUGCCCAGCAACCCAACAGGCCAUGGAGUGACUCAGGUGAGUUCUUGGACACGCGGUUACAUCGUACACCGUGUGCUAUAUCCAUCGCCGUGAGCCACAAAAUGAUGGCUGUUGCUUAUAGCGGUCGACCGAUAAUACUCUGGGACCUUGAGGAAGAUGCAUAUUACGGUAGCUGCGGCAAGAAGUUGGCUACUGGCGAAACGAGUACACGUAUGGUCACCGCCAUCGUUUUCAACCCAAACCCAAAUAUAGGCCUCAUCGCAUCAUCUUAUCUCGAUGGUGAACUCGUACUCAUUGAUCCGUUUGAUGAUCAGGAGUUGGAGAGCUUCCGCGCAGACUGCCAUACACUCGCUGCCAGCCCGGAUGGACGCUUACUCGCAGGUGGCGCUGGGGGUGGAACAGUCCAGGUCUAUGAAUUUGACACGCUGCGAUUGCUCUACCGGGUCAAGUCUUCCAACGUCUACAUCAAGCAACUGGCUUUUAGCAGAGACAGCCUCCGGUUCUCUGACAUUAGAGGGUCACAUUGCAAUGUCUGGGAACCUGCAGUCCUGCUACGGGACUCUUUGGGUGACUCAAGUAGCGAAGGCACAUCAACCUCAGUCGUCGAUGUGGUCUCUUCAGAUACUAAAGCCAGGAUAAGUGCUAUGGCUCUACAUCCCAAGGGAGAUGCAGUGUUCUGCGGUAAGGAUGAUGGGACCGUUUCCUUGUACGACCUCAAGACUGGAACCGCGAUACGAGUGCUCUACCGCCAUAAGUCCCUGGUCCGUAUCCUCACCUUGUGGCCUCAAGGCGAUAUUAUCAUGAGCGUCGACGCGUCAAACGGGCUCCUCGCGUGGAAAUUGAAAAUGUUGCAGAAGGAGGGAUGGGUCACCGAAAAACUAGUGUUCCAGUCUCGCCUGGACUGCGGAAAGGCUAUCAUCCAGGUCUUACCAGGCGCGACAGCUGGCAAGUUCAUCACGUCAACCCGUCAAUCAGACCACCUUUGGACUACUGACGGCCAGCAGGAGGAUGAGAGAACUUAUUCGGACACGAUAGGGAUCCGAAAGUGGAUACAGCACCAGCAGUCGCCCCUCCACAUGAUUUGUAUUGAAGGUGCAGUCGCUCGAAUCUACACCUGGACGGACUGGUCAGAAGUAGCGUGUGUACAUCUUGAAGCUGACAUAAGGGGACUCCAGUUGAAGAGCGCCACCCCUUAUACUUCAGGCCGUCGAUGCCAAAUCCUCGUCGAGCUCUGCGAGCUGGAUGGCUCGCCAGAUACACGCGGCCUACAGCUCCUCGAUUCCGUCUAUUUCAACAACUUCGAGGAUUUCUCGCGGAAUGGAAGCAUUGCCGAGGCAGCCACAGAGAGACAAGACGUGGACAAGUUCUCAACAACAACAACAACCACAACCACAACAACAACAACAAUAGAACAAACCGCGCUAAAUUAUCUUACGCGUAAAAUCGAUCCUUAA